AUGGCUCCUCCUCAACAGCAACAUAUUCCUCCUAUAGCUCCUCUUCAACAACCAUACAUUACACCUAUGGCUCCUCCUCAACAGCCACAUAUUCCUCCUAUAACUCCUCUUCAACAACCAGACAUUACACCUAUGGCUCCUCCUCAACAGCCAUAUAUUCUUCCCAUGGUUCCUCCUGAACAGUCGCAUAUUCCUCCCAUGGUUCCUCCUGAACAGCUGCAUAUUCCUCUCAUGGCAAAAACGAGCCUAUGGAGAAGCAACGACACUUCUUUUAGGAGCUUGUGGGCGUAUUUGCACUGA